CACAGACAUCCAGCCCACCACUAGUAAUCCACGCCGACCUUAAUCCAUCCUCCGCCAUCUCGAACAACACCAUUCACACUGCUCCUUCCAUCUCUAUUCAUCAACCCACGUCUACAGAAAGUUAUCGGACGUACAGGACGCUACAACAUGGCAGCCGCCCCGGAUGAGGCCAAGGAGCUUCGUCUCGUCGACAAUGUCGAGCUCAAAAUUGCCCUUGCCGACUCGGAUGCGAAGCUUCAGAAGCUAUUGAACCUGUAUCUACCACCGCUUCUGAUGAAACUAAGCUCACCACACGAGUCCGUCCGGAACAAGGUCGUUGCCGUGUGCGCUCACGUCAACACCCGUAUCAAGCCGUCCAAUUUCCUCCUUCCUGUGCACGCCCUCCUCGAACAGUUCAAAGACCCCGCUAUUGGCGGCAGCUAUCCGCUGAUACGAAACUUCGAUUUGAUGUACAUCACAACAGGUGUUGAGCGCAUGCCUGUUGCCGAGCGGAUAGCCCUGCUCCCUACUCUGGUGCGAGGGAUAUCCAAGCACGGCAGUGGCCAUCAUCAACGCACCCUAUUCAACGUCCUACUCCGCCUCCUGCAACACUUUGAGCCACCGCCGCGAGGUUCCUCUGUGGAUACGGCAUUGCGAGAGCAGAUGUUUCCGGAUAACGAGACGCAGGAUUCCGAGUGGCUUGCUACCUGGUUCGCUAAAUUGAUGCUGCUAAGUCUGAACAUAUUCAAUCAGGCCGACAAAUCAUGUCCCGGCCUAUCCAAUGCGGAUGUGGAUUUCUUGACCAUGGACAAGAAGAAAGAGACAUUUACUCCGAUAUCGGUGUUGGCUGAGAUCAAGGUCGCUGUGCUCAAGUUCAUCGCUUCUGGAGCAUUCCUGGACAAGGAACGCUACCUUGUUGCUCUCACCGCUUCAACUGAUACGAAUUCGGCAGUGGGGGACCCUGCUGACGAUGUUUACAAACGUGCCAUGGCGUCUAUAUCACUCGAGGACGGAGGAGUCAUCGCAGAGCUUUAUGGGUUGCUUCUCGGUCGCCCGGGAGUACCGCCUGUAAAACUAACCUUGCAAACCAAGAUCCUUGGGUUGCUCUGCAAGUCUCAAAAGGCCGCAGAAGAAUCCAGAAAACCCGAGAUUGAGAGGAUAUUGGACAUUGGAUUGCAGACGACGUAUCCACGACUGCGGCAAGCAGUGUUCAGUUUCAUGGCUUGGGUUUCCCGCAUGGGAGACAGCGACUUGACGGAUUCAUUGGCACCUGGUGUGAUAGAAAAACUCCGAAACUGGUUAUUGGAGGACACUGCGGCCUCGGAUGAGCUCAGGGGAUAUGCCUAUGAGACACUCGCAUCGCUUGCUUCGCAAUGUAUCCACCUUGUGCUGGAACCGGAGUUGGACAUCGUUCGCUUCAUGUUCCGGCAACUGAGAGACGACCGUGGAGGUGUCGCUAUAACCAUCGAGGGUGCUCUUGGUGUGAUACUUACGGGAAUUGCGAAAAAGAAUCUCGAGGGACCGGUGAAAACCUCCAUGGAGGAUAUGCUCCUGGACAUCAUAAUCGAGGAAAGGCGAGGGACAGGACAAGCGGUCAAGUGGGCAGGCAGGUUGCUAAGUUUCGGGAGUGUCGUGGGCAGAUGGGUGGGUGCUCUAAGCCUUGGAAUGGGUGGAACCAUCGCCGAGGAGGGCGGAAAGGCCCUUCACCCUUACCAUUAUCGCCUGGUGAACCCCGAAGCCUCCAUUCAAGCGAUCAAGAAUGCCGUCGAGUCGGAGGAAAUGGAUGUCGAUGUGCCUGCUGGUGAAAAUAAGUUCGACUUUCCUCGAUUCGCAGAUUUGGUCACGUACUUCUUUACAGCCCAUCAUACACUGCCGGCGUCGUUUGGGGGAGGUGGAAAUCUGAUCGCUGGAAAGCUCCCACCGAAGCCCUUCGCUGCUGUUUUGGCAUUCACGAAACGGAUCACCAUCUGGGAAGCACUCGGUCAGCAGCAGCUGGACAUCAAAAUCGACGAGGACUGGGAUCGUAACGUGGACACCAUCAUCGACACCGACGAAUCGGCUCGUACCCAGGUGGAGGAUUUCUUACGACAGCAGGAUGCGGGCGUCGUCACAACUUUCCUCGAUGUGGCGUGGGAAGGAAUACUCUACGACGGCGAGGGCGUGGAUAUUAUCAAGAACAUCUGGACUGACCUCGCUGUUCUGGUUCCCCCCUCGAUCUUGGGACGCUACACUAGCAAUCUCCCGGCGGCAUGGAAAUUACUCACCGUCCCGAAGGCGGAGACUCGGCGUGUCGCUGCGAUGGCCGUUGGACUGCUCGGAAGCCAUCCUGCAGUGCCUGAGGCGACUCUCGCGAAACUGGUCGAGGAUCUAGUGGCAGGGAUCGAGGACAAGAAGAGCGGCGCGAUUGGCGCAUUUGCGAUACUCCUGUCUAGGAUGAAGAUGCGGGGACGAUUGGACUGCGUGAGCAGCGAUCUCAUCCAAAAGGGUGUCCGCGGCAUCGCGGCGACGCUCGUGGACUCACGGGAUGCAUCAUUGGUCGAGACCGCUAUCGAGGCCAUGGGCGAGUUGGCGGUCAUGACUAAUGUCAAUGAAGACAUGCCUGAAGUUGAAAAAGUUCAGAAGUCCCUGCUGGAGAAGGCGAAGCGUGGACACGAGAAGGCCGUCCAAACGCUGGGUUACAUAGCGUUCUUGUACCCCGAGGACUCCCCGAAGGCCGACGAGAUCACUGCCGAGUUGAUCAAACUCGGAGAGAACGGAGGCGUUGAGAUGGCAUUCGUCGCCGGUGAGGCGUUGGCAAAUGCAUCUGCCGGCUGGGGCAGCAGUGCUGUACGACGCGGCAGGAAGAUUGCCGGAAUAGAGUGGACCGAGGGGAGACGGGGCGGUGUGCGCAAGCUACUCGAUCAAUUCCUGAAGAGGGCGCAAGAGGCCGGUGGUGGUGGUAAGCGCAGGACUACGGUCGUUGGCUUGCUCAGCGCCUUCGAGUUUUGUAGCGAAGAUGAGGCCGUUAAGGAGAGGCUGGGUGAUGCACAACAGGCCUUCAGAACUUUCCUGACGGAUAGAGACGAUUUCAUUCAGGAAACCGCCGCCCGGGGUCUCACGGCCGUCUACAGUCUCUCGGAUGAGGAGACGCAGCAGGAUCUUGUGCGGUCACUCGUAUCAUCUUUCACCGGAGAGACGAAGCAGAAAAUACAGGUUUCCCGUGACACGCAGCUCUUCGAGCCUGGCCAGCUACCUACCGGGGAUGGCUCAAGCGUGGGAUCGUAUGGAGAUAUCAUGUCACUCGCAGCAGAGCUUGGUGAUCCUAGCCUCGUCUAUAAGUUCAUGACACUGGCCCGCCAUAAUUCCGUGUGGGCAUCACGAGCAGCAUUCGGACGAUUCGGCCUGGGCAAAAUCCUUUCCAGUUCAACAGAAGUCAAAGACAACGAAAAGCUAUGGCCGGUCCUUUACAGGUACCGCUUCGAUCCAUCAUCGGGAGUGCGCCAGAGCAUGAACGCGAUUUGGCAAGCACUCGGUGGCGGACCGGAAACUGUCGAGCGAUGGUGGGAAAACAUCUUACGUGAGUGUCUCAGCGGUGCUGUUCGGGGGAGUGAAUGGAGAGUGCGAGAAGCCAGUAUCGCUGCUCUUGCGGAUCUUCUCAGCGGCAGGAAGGUCUCCCAAUAUAAAGGUUACCUUCAGGAAAUCUGGAAAAUCGCCUUCAAGGUUUUGGACGAUGUCAAGGAGAGCGUACGCUUGGCUGCCAUGAAGCUCUGCAAAGUGCUCACUACUGGAAUGGUUAGAGCCAUGGAGGGGGGUGUUCGUCCGAAGGAAAACGCUGAGAUUCUGGCGAUCCUGAUGGAGUUCUUAAUGGGACGACAAGGUUUUGAGGCGGAGGCGAAGGACGUGCAGUUGUUCGCUAUGAGUACGUUGUUGCAGGUCAUCAAGAGCGCCGGCGAACAGCUUAGGCCAUGGAUCCCUGACAUCGUCGAAAAGAUGCUUGUUCUGCUGGCCGAUCUGGAGCCAGAGGCAGUCAACUAUCUGAUCAUGAACGCAGAUAAAUAUAACACCACUGGAGAAGAGAUUGACCGAAUCCGAUUAAACUCGAUUAGGGCAUCUCCAAUCAUGUCGGCAAUCGAAGACCUCUUGGACAAACUGGAUGGCCCAAGCACGGCGAAGCUUAUCCCACAGCUGACGAAAGCGAUCCGUACAUCCUUGAGCUUGCCUUCGAAAGUGGGGUGUAGCAGAGUGGUAGUGAAUCUUGUCAUGAGACACCCGGUCCUAUUCAAACCAUAUGCAGACGAAGUGGCGAAGGUUUUGCUUGCGGCAGUCAAAGACCGCAGUGAAGUAGUCUCGAGGGGAUACGCCGUUGCAAUUGGAUAUGCAUGCCGGAUUGCCGCUGACAAAGGGAUUUUGAAAAUCGUUGAGUGGGCGAAAAAGAACUACUGGGAAGGAGAGGAACGGGAGAGAAGAGCUUCUGGCGCGGUUCUUGCGGCAGUGUAUAAACAUGCCACUGACCGGGCAAACGAACUGGCGGUGGAAAUUCUGCCGUUCAUUUUCUGCGCCAAGAACGACACCGAUGAAUCGGUCAGCGAGGAGUUCGGCAAAACAUGGACGGAGAAUACCGGCGGCUCCGGCGCUGUAAAGCUCUACUUGGCAGAGAUUGUACAGCUCAGCACAACAAACAUCACGUCGGCUCGGUGGUCAACAAGACAGACGUGCGCCUUUGCGCUUGCGGAAGCGGCUAAAUCCAUUUCGCGCGAUGUUACCCUUUCACAGCUCCAAGUGCUAUGGCCUGCACUUGUGGUCGCUGUUGCUGGCAAGAGCUGGGAAGGUAAGGAGAAGGUUCUCGAGGCCUUCGUUUCCUUUGCCGUGGAUGCGAAACAAAGUCUGGGUGGUGACGAUAAAAAGCUUAAGGAGCUUGAGCAGGUUGUCAUACGAGAGGCCAAGCGGAAUAACCAUGCUUACCGUGGACCGGCAAUCAAAUGUCUCGGGAUAUUUGCCGACGGUUUCGAAACACUUGAUCUAUUCGACAAGACGUAUGACAUUGUCGAUUCUGCCAUCGCGCCUUCCGAUGAGGAUGAGAUGGAUGUUGACGGCGCGGAUGGAAAGUCGGCCAAGGAAUUGGCCCACGGUUUAGCCGUGAACGGGGUGAAGGCAGUAUCCCAAGCUUUCCGGCCAGGCAUAAUACAAGAUGAACGACGAGUGCUGGAACAAGUCUCACGUGUCGUGGGGAUGCUCGAGAAACAUAUCACCGGGACCAACAUCGAGCUAAAAACAUGUGGUAUCGACUCCGUGACAUUGGUCAUUCAACGCCUCGCACAGUCCCAAAUGAAACUGAAAGACAACACAUGGACACCAAUCCUUGGGAGAGUCUGGAACCGGAUCUUCGAGCAUGGAAACGAUCUUGGAUUUGAAGCUGGGCGUGUCAAGGCUGCCUCGUCUCUGGAGUACUUCACGACUGUUCUCAAGCGGCACAAGCGGGCGAUGGACACGCCAGAUUGCCGCGAGUUUGUGGGGAAGGUUCAUGCAGAUGUAAAAAAGACCCUUGACAACGAGAAGUCACCGGUGGUUUUGCGGGUUCUGAAUCCUACUGCGGUUCUUCUUCUUGGUGCAUAGCAUAUGGGUUCCGUGUAGUUGGGCAGUAACUCUAGAAUUCUUUAAAAGCUGGAGUCAGGCCUUUUAACUUUGCGUCAUAAGCUGCCGCGCGUCCCCAGCCUGGGAAUGGUAUUUUGGUUCGACACGUUGUGAGGUGGAUUCCUUUACUUUAUAUAAUGUAAUUACAUGACUAGAAUUGUGGGAAUCUCGCAGCGAGAAGCUCUAAAUCAAAACCCGCCCUUCCACUCCUUGCUAGUCCCUUCCAACUCACUCCUUCGCUUUUGAAACUCAAUUGUAUCUGCCUAACUUUUCUCCAACAUCUAUAAAAUAACUAACUCC